AUGAGUUUCCAGAAUGCUACCCUUGAGUUGAACAAAGGAUCCCAGGCCGGGCCAGAGAACCCAGAGAGAAUUUCACAAGGUGAAACUGCAGAGGAAGAUGCCUGCAUAGCCCUGCUUGAAAACGAACUCAGCCUGGGUGACUUUGUCCAAAUACAAAGAGCCUUUGAGUUCCCACAAGCCAAGUCAACCAUUUGUAUGUCCAGAGAAGAAUUUGUGCAGAGGAUGACAGAGAUUGUUGGUUGGGGCACAAAGGAAGAAUAUGGAGAGCUCUUUGAUAAAGUGGAUGUGGCCCAAGAUGGCUGUAUUAAUUGGGACAAGCUGACUUCAUUUAUGCUGUUAACACUUUAUGAGAAAGAUGAACAAGCAAAGGCAAUGGUGGUUCCCCAGUGGAAAGACCUUGAAUUCCUCCCGGUGAAAUGCAAGGACACCAUUCAAAAAGUAAUUUUCUUAACAAGUUCAAGUCGUUAUCUGAUCAUCAGGAAGGAAGGUUUAGUAGGAAUCUGGGGAGAGAAUUUAAAGCUGCAAGAAAUGCUUCCCAUCAUUUCAGAUGCCAACAAGCUUAAACACCUGUGGCUGACAAGUAUGGCUUCUCUGGAAAAUGAAAACAAGAUAGCAGUGGCUUUUACAAGAAAAGAGAUUUGUUUCUAUGAUCUGCUGUCCAAAGAAGAAUUUCCUUGUCAAUAUAAACUCCAAGGCCUGAAAGGAACACCAAUUUGCAUGGAUUAUUGGUACGACCCUUUUGAUGCCAAUGAGUCAAUUCUUUCUCUUGGGGACAUAACCGGAAAGGUUCAAGUAAUUGCUUUCACAACGGCCUUGAUUUCCCUUUUUGAGCAUCCUGCUGGUGCAUGUAAAGAUGAAGAAGCAACCAUGACCAUUAACUGGGCAGAGCCAUGCUCCGGACAUCACAAAUGUUGCUAUACAUUAGGGCACAAACUUCAUUGUGGAGACUGGGUCACACAAGUUACUUACAAUGCGUCCUUAGAUGCUGUUAUUUCCAGUACAACCAGCAAUACAAACACUGUGGUGCUGGCAUGGAGAGAGAAAUCAAAAAAGCAUCUUAAAAUGACAUCCUUCAACAUUGCCCAGGGCAUUCGUGCUUUUGAUUACCACUCUCGUCUCAAUUUAAUUGGUAUCAACUGCUGCCUUAACAAUAAAGUUUGCCUUUGGAACCCCUAUGUUGUCUCUAAGCCAGUUGUUGUCCUUCGGGGUCACUCAGCCAGUGUAAUAGCUGUCCAGUUCUUUGCUGCAAGAAAACAACUUUUCAUCUUUUCCGAAGAUAAAGUUUUGAGACUCUGGGAUAUUCAGCACCAGCUGUCCAUCCAGAGGAUAGCUUGUUCUUUCUCCAAAAGUCAGGACUUCAGAUGUCUCUUCCACUUUGCUGAAGCCCACGGAUGACUUUUCAUCUCAUUUAAUAACCAGCUAGCAUUGCUGGCAAUGAAAAGUGAUUCCAGCAAGAGGGUGAGAAGCCACAAGAAAGCAGUCACUUGUGUGCUUUACAAUUCAGUCUUGAAGCAGGUAAUCAGUUCUGAUGCGGGGUCGACUGUUUCCUUCUGGAUGAUAGACACUGGGCAGAAAAUCACACAGUUUACUGGUUGCCAUGACAACGCAGAAAUCAGUACAAUGGCCCUUGAUGCAAAUGAGACACGGCUUUUGACUGGCAACACAGAUGGGACUGUAAAGGUCUGGGACCUCAAUGGCUAUUGUCACCACACACUAAAUGUUGGGCAAGAGGGAGCUGUGGAUAUUUCACACAUCCUGGUUCUUAAGAAGACAAUCCUGGUUACAGGCUGGGACAGUAAAAACUUCAAUCAGUUUUUCAUCCAGCCUGAAGAAUGGAAGGGAGGAGUGCAACACCGUAAUGAUAUCGUAUGCACUGCAUUUUUACCUCCACAAAUUCUUGUUACAGGGAGUUAUGAUGGAGAAACUGUUCUGUGGAACAAUAGCACAGAAAAUGGUCGCUAUGUCCUUCACCCUGAUUAUCAGCGGCUGCUAAAAUCAAAAUCGGAUAGAGAGCCUCAAAAACUUCCUGGUGCUGGGAGGAGCCACUUCACCCACUCCACAGCUGACCAGGCUACUCUGGGAGCCUGUUCCUUUGAGACAGACACUGAGCGCAAUAAUGCUGUUAUGAGGCUUUGCUUCCUUGAAGCAAGAGAAAACAUUGCGGCCACAGGGAGAGCCAACCUGGUGUCAUGUGGAGGAUCUGGGUAUGUCAGAUUCUGGGAUACAUUUAAGAAGCACCUUCUGGCUGAAUUUUUGGCUCAUAAUGUUGUUGGUUCCAUUAUUGUGUCUACUGAUAAGUCAAAUUGAUACCUCGCUGCAGGAGAUCUUGAGGGGUGGUUGAAAAUCUGGAAUACAGAGGAGGAAUCAGGGUUAGACCCAUCAAAACGUUCUCUACUUGAUAAGAAAAACAAAGAGUCAACAUACAAUGUCAGACCAUCAGAAGUUAUAAAUUUAGAAGAAUAUAAGGAAGGAAAUGUUUAUAAGAAAAAAACACAUAACCUUUACAAUGGUGAAGUUGUAAAAAAAUCAUUCAGCGGUUUUAGGUCAUUAAGCAUUGGAAACUUGAAAGAACUACCUGAAGUGAAUAAACCAGCUUUUCUUCUAGACCCUGAGAAAUACUUUAGGGAAGAACCAGAGGAGGAAUGUCCCCAAAUUCCAGAGCUUCCAUCACUUUCUGAAACAUUGAAAGCAGUAUUUGAUGAGAAGAGCCUAUUCCCCAAAGAAAUUCUGGAUCGUGACCGAAGAGCCAGGCAAUUAUGUCAAGACACAAGUAGUGAUGUAAAGAUAAAAAGGAAUAAGAAGCCAUUAUAA